AUGUCCACGGAGGAUAUACUAGACGUCCUCAACAUCCAAAGAAAUGACACGCAACCAGCAAAGAAAAAACAGAAACUCGCAUCGCCUGCCGCGGUUGACGCUUCGCAGAAACCACUAACUGGCAUGGCUCGAGAAUUGUACAAUCUCGUGGGACCCAACACACCUCCCAUUAGCCUCAUUCCAGCGUCACAUGGCAAAGACCGGAAAUCAUUCAAGCCCAGCCCCUGGACAAAACUACACUUUACGCCGAAACACGACGGUCCCGAGUUUCUACAUUGGGUUAAAGGUUCCGAAAGUUUGCUCACGCUGGAAGAGGAGAUGCUGAAACCUUAUUAUUUUGAGAAAUUUGAUGUGCAUGUUGACAUCCCUGCUUUGCCUGAUAAGGAAACGUACGAGGAGUUGAUGAAGCCCCAAGGGCAAGACAGCGAUGAGGUGAAAAAAGAAGCCGAGACGAAAAGAAAGGAGAAUGAUGAUGAUGAUGGUGACAAGAAGAAGGAUGCUAAGGACGAGAGUGUGGAUGCAGGCACUAAAAACGACGCAAGCAGGAAGGAAAAACCCAACGGUGAACUGGACCUGGCGUCAACUCUAGCACCAACGCUGGCGAAGAUGACACCGGAAUGGAGCUACGAAGAAACAAAACAGCUUUUCGAUCUAUGUCGGACAUUCGAGUUGAAAUGGCCCGUGAUCCAGGACCGGUUCCCGCAACGCAGGACAACAGAAGAGAUGAAGCGCCAUUUUUACCACAUAUGCAGCAAGAUCUUGCAAGAUCAACAAUCAAACACCCACGACAGCUUAAUCGACGCUUUGAACUCAUAUUCCAAGGAGAAAGAAGUGGACCGCAAACAAUAUCUCGAAAACCUCCUCCUCCGCACCCCAGCCGAAAUCGCCGAAGAGGAGUCGCUCGUGAUUGAAGCGCGCAGAUUCGAGCUCGCCGCCAAGAAAAUGCUCACGGAGCGAUCCAACUUGCUCGCGUUGCUCGACUCGCCUCAAUCAGCACACAACGUAGCCCAAUACCAAUCAUCACAGGGGAUCACCAACUUAUACAACAACCUCAUGCUUUUCGAUAAGCACCAAAAGAAGAAAAUGCAGCAGCAGAAAAUCACAACGCAGGACCCCGUGCCUCCCCCCAUUCCACCAGCGGCAUCCUCGUCCAUCCGAAGAGACCGGGUAUUCCAAACUCAGCUCCAGCAGUACUUGUCAAGCUUACUCAAGCAAAACUACCACACCACGUCCGCGGUGAAGCAGGAAGCAAACGCAAUCCACGAGCUCUUAAUGAAGAAGCUCACGCAGAAGGAAGAAGAAGCGUACGGCUUGCACUACCACGGCACGGAGAAACUCACCCCGGGCGUCUCGUUGCGCUCGCAGCAGAAAAUGUCAGGUUUGCAGCAGAAACAAUCCGUGUUGAAGCUGGUUAGUGCUCUUCUUCAAGAGUUGGAUAUACCAACCGCGGGCGGGAGCGCGAUGAAGCCGAUCAUGCCUACGAGAAAGACCAUGGCAAAGUACGACGAGUUGUUGCGGGCCGUCGUUACCUUGUUGGAAGUGAAGAAAGCGAGAGAUAAACUCGAGUCUGAAAUUGCCUUGAUCAAAAGCCAGCGAGACCUAGUGUGA